ACAUUUGGCCAACUACCCUACCUCACUGGCCCAAAUGGACUGGAGAUUGCUGAAUGUUAUGCCAUAUUGCGAUAUUUUGGACGCAAACUUAAUCUCUAUGGCAACAAUGAUAUUGAGGCUGCCAAGAUUGAUAUGUUACUAGAGCGUGAAAAUCAGACCAUAACUGAGAUAUUCAAAUCAUUAUUUGUAAAACAAGAUAAUUCUGCAAGGAUAGAGAGUACAAAGAUAUGUGAUACCCUGGUAAUAUUUCAGAAACUUCUGGAGAAGAAUAACAAAGGAGAAGGAUACUUUGUGGGAGAUAAAGUCUCUAUUGCAGACUAUGCCAUGUUGGAUCUCCUAGAUGCCUGUAUAAGUCUCUCAAGUACAAUGCUAGAUGCCUACCCAACACUGAAGGCAUUCUAUAACCGCAUGGCUUCAAGGGAAAAGAUUGCAGCAUGCAAAGCCACAGAAAAGUACAAAUCGUUCUAUAUUGCUGGCAACCUUGGACUAAAGUAAAUUGGUACAGAAAACAGUUACGAACAUGAACAGUUCAAAUUGUUAUCUACGUUCUCUGCAAACCAUUGAAAAGUGAAUAAAUCUUUAAGAUUUUAAAAUAUUCUGAAUAGUACCAAUGGCUCAAACUGUGAAAUGAUUUCAGUCAAACUGACAACAAUAUUUUGGCCAUCUUGUGGUGUUGAUUAUAAUAUAAUUAGAGGAUCAUUAUAUUUGAGGAUAAUUUAUUUGGCUUAAUUAAUAGUUUACCAUGAGAAACCGCUGACAGACAGGUAUGGAAUUGCAAUAGCUCUCUAUGUGAGCUAAAAAUAGUGAUUGUAACAAUAUAUUGCUACUUCUUGGUGGUAUUACAUAAUACAGGAAAAUAUUGAUGUAUGAAUGAAAUUUUGGGUUCUUCGCAAAAUUAAAAAUGAGAUGCUUUUUAAACCAUAUUUGAGUUUAAUUUGUAAAUAUGGCCAACGUGUAUCUUCAUGUUUCAAUAUUAGAAAUUCAAGAUAUACUAUUGUCAUUUUACCCCUACAACUGGCAAUACAUUUCCUAUUUAAAAACAUACUUAGCAAUAUUUGUUGUAGUUUCCUCUAUUAUAUCUGUGAGAUUAGUCUGGCCAAUCGUCAAAUAGGUCUGCACUGCUUUAUGAAGGUUCGUACACAGAUCUAGGCACAUCUCAUCCACAACUUCUUUUACAUAGCCUUUACAAGCGUCCCACAUUUGCUGAAAUUAGUUAAAUACAACAUAAUAUAAGCAGUGCUUUGUCUUAAAGAAGAGCAGCAUGCACUGCAUUAACAAGAUUUGUACAAGAGUUUCAGACACAUACAUGGAGAAGUAUUUAUAUCAUAAACACAUUAGUUUAUUC